AUGGACACAGGUAGAACUUUACUCAGCAGUAAAUUCUACCAUUUUAUUGUUUUUGAGCUUUGAUUCCCCCCCCCCUAUUGAGCAGGUGCCCCGGCCUGGGGCAGGAGGUUAGGGGGCGUGGCUCACUUUGCCCAGUUUGUUAACCCAUUCCUUGUCCUUUAAGCUCUGACACUCCCGAGGCUUAACCCUUAGAGCGCUGCUGAGCCGGGAGGUGAAUGCUGGGAAAUAAUAUUUAUAUUCACUAUAAUUAGCCUAACGAAGGGGGUAAUUAGUGGCAGCUGUUUCUGAUUGAGGUCAGAUCUGGGCCCGUGACUUUGGGGCGCAGCUCAUUCUUUCCGCUGUGGGCGUGGCCACUGAUAAGGCUAUUUAUAACCCCGACAUGUGACAGCUGGUAAUCAUAAUAAACUGUAGUGGGAAAUAAUGGAGCCACGCCCACAGACAAAUGGUGUUGGAGUAAAGGGUUAAUAAGGUGCCCCAUGGGCAGUAAUGGGCAGAGGGCACCAAUCUCUAUUAUACAGGUACAGGGAUAAUACAGCAGCGCUGCUCUACUUGCCCUUUAAUCCUCCAAUCUCCUAGCAGUGGGUAUGGGGCACCAUGGGGCAAUGUCUCGCCGAUACCCAGCACUGCCCCGGGAUGAGUAUAUAUAUAUAUAUAUUUAUCUAUAAGUAAUGACACCAGACUGGUUCUACUGGUUCCCUCCCUCCGUCUGAGCUCAGAGCCUUGUGACCCGACGGCGUCACUGCCCCUCCCUGGGAACCGAUAAAAGCCCUGACUGUUGUGCAACUGCCCCACAUCCACUGGGAAACUGCCACACAGCCCGGGCACCAUGUCUAUUUAUCCAUCAUUGGAGGAUCUGAAGGUGGACAGAGUCCUGCAGGCUCAGAGCACCCAAAUGGCACAACCUGCAGCAAUAACGGCAGCAAUGCCCUCGGCACCGCAGAGCAACCCAGGCCUGUACCCCAACCUGGCCGAACUGUCCAGUUACAUGGGUCUGUCCCUGACGGACGAGGAGAUCCAGCUAAACAUGGCGCUGCUGCCAGCAGGGGGCAGUGAGGUUUCAGUCCCCCCGGCCCUGAGUGGGGGCUCGCUGGCCCAGAGUGGGGGCCCGGUGGCCCCGGUGACAGGGAACGACAUGGGACUGAGACGCGCGGAGAUUAAAGUGGGGGUGCGGGAGGUGACUCUGUGUAAGGACCAGCAGGGGAAGGUGGGGCUGAGGCUGCGGGCUAUAGACAAGGGAAUCUUUGUGCAAUUGGUUCAGGCCAAUACUCCAGCCUCAUUGGUCGGUUUGCGCUUUGGGGAUCAAGUUCUACAGGUGGAUGGAGCCAGCUGUGCGGGAUGGAGCACGGAGAGAGCGCACAAAGCGCUAAAGAGAGCGUCUCAGGACAGGAUCAGUCUGAUUGUGCGAGACCGCCCCUUCCAACGGACAGUCACUCUGCAGAAAGACAGUGCGGGACACGUGGGAUUUAUUUACAAGAGAGGGCAGAUCACAUCACUCGUGAGAGACGGCUCCGCUGCCAGGAACGGACUUCUCACCAAUCACUACCUCUGUGAGAUCAACGGGCAAAAUGUCAUUGGACUCAAGGACCAGCAGGUUGGAGACAUCUUGGAAUCCUGUGGCCGCACCGUGACAGUGACAGUGAUGCCCAAUAAAAUCUAUGAGCACAUGGUGAAGAGAUUGUCCUCUGGGCUCCUGAAGAACUCAAUGGACCACUCUGUCCCCGAAGUUUGAACCCCCCCCAAAUAAUCUGUGUGGAAUGAUACGGACCCCCAGAUUCUCUGCACUUUCUAUGGGGGAGUCUGGCCCCCAGGGGUUUCCAGAAGAACCAUCUGAGCCGAUACCCCGACAUGGAACCACUGUCCCCCCCAUUCAGCCACUGGGGCCCCCCCCCAAGCCGCCAUCUUUCCUAUCCCCUCUGUGCCCUGUGUGUAUAUAAUGUACUGUAAAUUAUUGGGUCAUUAAAGGAAGAUUUAUGGGAA